UGGCCCAAGUCAUUCAACAAUUUGGCUUUAAUCUAAUAAAGCCCCUCCCUCUCCGAUUGACCUUUAGAUAAAACCGGAGGGAUCGGAGAGAAAAAAAGAACCAAAAAUAUUCAAAAAACAAAUAAAAAUCUAAAAAAAUGAUUGGAAAAGUGGUUGUCUCGGUGGCCUCCAUCCUCUUAAUAGUCGGAGUAGCCAUAGGAGUCGUUGCCUUCAUAAACAAAAAUGGUGAUGCUAAUCUGUCUCCGCAAAUGAAAGCGGUUCAAGGAAUUUGCCAGUCGACUUCCGACAAAGCCUCAUGUGUCAAAACUCUCGAGCCGGUCAAGAGCGAUGACCCAAACAAGCUGAUCAAGGCUUUCAUGCUCGCUACAAAAGACGCAUUAACCAAAUCGUCUAACUUCACGGGUCAAACCGAAGUAAACAUGGGCUCGAGCAUCUCGCCGAACAACAAAGCCGUUCUUGAUUACUGCAAGAGAGUUUUCAUGUACGCUCUUGAGGAUCUCGCUACCAUUAUUCAAGAAAUGGGUGAAGAUCUUAACCAGAUCGGGAGCAAAAUCGACCAGCUCAAACAAUGGUUAAUCGGUGUUUACAAUUACCAAACUGAUUGUCUUGACGAUAUCGAAGAAGAUGAUUUAAGAAAGACGAUUGGUGAGGGCAUUGCAGACUCCAAGAUUCUCACUACCAACGCUAUUGACAUCUUCCACAAUGUCGUUAGCGCCAUGGCCAAGCUUAACAACAAGGUAGAAGACUUCAAGAACAUGACAGGCGGAAUCCCCACUCCCGACAACAAAGGAGCCCCUCCUGUUGUUGAUGAAUCUCCCGUGGCCGAUCCAGAUGGUCCUGCUCGUCGUCUUCUUGAAGACAUUGACGAGACUGGAAUCCCAACAUGGGUUACAGGUGCUGACAGGAAGCUCAUGGCUAGGGCUAGACGUGGCCGUAGAGGCGGCCGCAGAGGCGGUAGGAUCAGAGCGACCUUUGUGGUGGCUAAGGACGGAAGCGGACAGUUUAAGACGGUUCAACAAGCCGUUGAUGCUUGUCCUGAGAAUAACCCAGGCCGAUGCAUCAUCUACAUCAAGGCUGGUAUCUACAGAGAGCAAGUAAUCAUCCCUAAGAAGAAGAACAACAUCUUCAUGUUUGGAGAUGGUGCAAGAAAGACAGUCAUUUCUUACAACAGAAGUGUUGCUCUCAGCCGUGGAACCACCACAUCCCUUAGUGCCACAGUUCAGGUUGAAUCGGAAGGAUUCAUGGCGAAAUGGAUGGGAUUCAAGAACACCGCCGGUCCAAUGGGACACCAAGCCGCGGCUAUCCGAGUGAACGGAGACCGGGCCGUGAUCUUCAACUGCAGAUUCGACGGUUACCAAGACACCUUGUACGUGAACAACGGUCGUCAGUUCUACAGAAACUGUGUCGUCUCGGGAACAGUCGACUUCAUCUUCGGCAAAUCCGCAACCGUGAUCCAAAACACACUAAUUGUUGUCCGUAAAGGAAGCAAGGGACAAUACAACACGGUCACAGCCGAUGGAAACGAACUCGGCUUAGGGAUGAAAAUUGGUAUCGUCCUCCAAAACUGCCGCAUCGUUCCCGACAGGAAACUAACGCCAGAGAGAUUUGCCGUGGCGACAUACUUGGGAAGGCCGUGGAAGAAAUUCUCGACCACCGUGAUAAUGAGCACCGAGAUGGGAGAUUUGAUUAGACCAGAAGGUUGGAGGAUUUGGGAUGGGGAAAACAACCACAUGUCAUGUAGGUACGUUGAGUACAACAACCGUGGACCAGGAGCAUUCACUAACAGAAGAGUUAACUGGGCUAAGGUCGCUAGGUCUGCAGGUGAGGUCAAUGGCUUCACUGUUGCUAACUGGUUAGGUCCUAUUUACUGGAUUCAACAAGCCAAUGUUCCUGUCACAAUUGACGAUCGUAGCCUACGAUCGUCGAAGAUGAUUCGUCUGUACACCACCGGAAUGGAACCUCAGUUGUCUCCAGAUCUUAUUAAGAUAAUGGAUCAGAGGCUAUCGGCGAUAGAGCACCGAAAUGCUCUUCUUCAGAAGCUUAUCAACCAGCCUGAGUACUCACCAGAAGAGUUUUCAAGAGCUAAUAAGGAACUUCGGAAGCUGAGAGAUUCAAUGUUUCUCAUCAAUGAUUUGAGGGCCAAACAAAAGGAGAUUGAUGGACUGAAAUCUCUGGUGUCGGAAAGUUCGGAUGAUAGGGACAUGCUUGAUAUGGCUGUUAGUGAAUUAGACGAGGCGGUGGAAGAAGAAAAAAGACUUCAAACUUUGCUGCUUAAGGCUUUGCUUCCUAAAGAUGAAGCUGAUGAGAGGGAUUGCAUUUUGGAGGUGAGAGCAGGUACUGGUGGUGAAGAGGCUUCUUUGUUUGCCAUGGACAUUUUCAGAAUGUACGAAAGGUAUUCACAGAAGAAAGGUUGGAAAUUUGAUAUUGUAGACAUCACCGAGUCGGAUAUGAAAGGAUAUAAAGAAGCCAGUGCUGCAAUUUGUGGAGCCAGUGUCUACGGAAAACUAAAGUUCGAGAGUGGAAUUCACAGGGUUCAGCGUAUUCCUAUCACAGAGAAAUCUGGACGAAUUCACACCAGCGCUAUAUCUGUUGCCAUCCUUCCCCAGGCUGAUGAGGUAGAUGUUCAGCUAAGGAAUGAAGAUUUGAGGAUUGAUACUUAUAGGUCUGGUGGCUCAGGCGGUCAACACGCCAACACAACAAACAGCGCAGUCCGAAUAAUCCAUCUUCCAACGGGGAUGAUGGUCUCAAUCCAAGAUGAAAGGUCACAACAUAUGAACAGAGCCAAAGCACUUAAAGUACUCUGUGCAAGGCUUUAUGAAAUCGAAAGGUUGAGAAUACAGAGUAGUCGAUCAAAGCUACGGUCAGAUCAGAUUGGCAGCGGAGACCGAUCUGGACGAAUCCGUACAUAUAAUUUUCCACAAGGGCGAGUGACGGAUCACCGUGUGGGAAUCACUCUCCAUGCCAUUGAAGAUAUGAUGCAAGGAGAGAUUCUGGACUCCUUCAUUGAUGCCCUUCUCUUACGCCAAGAAAUGGACGCCAUUGCUUCUUUCAGCUCUACUUCAUGAAUGACAGAGAGGUAGACCAAACCCAAAAACCCUUAGCUUGUCGUCAGCUGUCACAAACGUUAGCAGUAGUAAUAAAAUCCAUUGAAAUUA